UACGUAAUUUAUUCUAUAGAUAUUUUACGUAGAUUUUGAAAUCUAUUGCGGUUUGGAAAUGCAGUUGUGUAAUGCAGCUAUGCAGUUUUUAUUGCGCAAAUGCAGGGUUACCAUUUAACAGGUUCCUAGAAAUGCGGCGUCUGCUAGAGCACUGACAGUGCUUUGUUAUCGGAAAAAGUGUAUUUUAAUCUAAUCGGUGAUAAGAAUUUAAGCCUUACGUAUAUAAUAUGAAUUUGAUAAUUAAAUUCUAAAGAAUGUAUUUCUUCAGUAUUCUGCUGUCGGCAGCCUAUUCUGGUUAUAGUGUUAACUUUACUGUAUCACAUAGAAUGUUUAACCUAUAUAUGAUGUUUCUAACGUAAAGUGUCAGUGUGAUUGUUAUCUAAAAACUGAAAAAACAUCUCUGAUUAAAUGAUGAGAGAUGCGUACCAGGGGCCUGCUAAUGUUCCUUAUCUGCAUAGCAGGGAGCAGCAUUGUUUUCAUUGCUUUCAGCAGUCAACGACCCUCCAUUCAGACUCUGGUUACAGAGACUCACAAACAGCUACGUAACUUCCAAGAAAAUUUCAAAGAUGUUGAAGAGAAACGCUUGGUAACAGACUCUAAGUAUCUUGCGAUGCUUGGUUUAGAUGGGCAAACAAGCACAACACCCUUUAGUCCUAAAUCACAAAAUGUGACUGUUGUCUCUCUUAUAAGGCCAGGAAACGAACAGCACAUUUAUGGCUUUGUUAGAAAUGUCAGUCAUUUUUUGCCAAAUAAUAGUAUUGUCAUUUAUAGUGUUGGUUUAAAUGAAGAUUCUUUGCAAAAUAUUAGAGCAAUUUGUAAUUCUACAAAAUGUAAUGUGACUCAGUUUGACACCAGCCCAUUUCCUACACAUGUUGAAGACGAUAGACUACAUGUGUAUAGACCUUUAGUUAUUCAGAUAGCUUUAAACACAUUAGGAAACAUAUUAUACAUGGAUUCAAAUGUGCGUUUGAAUUCAUCAGACAUUUCAAAGUACCUUUCACCAAAAUCUGGGAUUUUAACUUGGCCUACGAGGCAUGCGAUUAGCUCUUUAACGCAUCCAAAGAUGUACGAAUAUUUUCACGUUUCUGCUGAAAGCUUCUUCUUUCUCCCUUUGAUAAGAGCAUCUCACUUAGUUAUUAGGCAUGUUAAAGAAAUUAGAGAGAAAGUAAUGUUGCCAUGGAUUCAGUGCGCCUUAACAAGAGAUUGCAUUUGUCCCAUUGGGGGAUUCGUCAUUGUUUGUCAGCGAAAAGCGCAACAUCGCGUGGAUGAUGGACGAAUGCGCAUCCACGGGUACCGUCCGAACUCUUCGAAGGGGCUAGCUGGAAGACGGAUCGCGAUCCAACGAUAUGUGACGUGUUUUUUUAAAUUCGACACACUUUUGUCUGAUACGAAUCCGCAUCAUAUAUUACCGGGUCAAGGUUAA